GGAAGUGGAGCGCGGGUGCCACCGCCUUCCAUAAGGAGCACGGGCAUCCGCUCCUACAGAAGCACCUGGACCUUCUGGUGGAUGGCAGGAAUGGGCUGAGGAUAUUUUUCCCUCUUUGUGGUAAAGCAGUCGACAUGAAGUGGCUGGCAGACAUGGGACACACCGUCGUCGGCGUGGAUGUCAGCGAGCAAGCGCUGAAGGAGUUCUUUGCAGAUCAAGGUCUCCUUUAUUGUGAAGAGCCAGUCCCAGGGAUCUCAGGAGCCAAAAAGUUGCAGAGUACCUCUGGAAACAUUUGCCUGUACUGCUGCAGUAUUUAUGAUUUGUCCAGUGCAAUUGUUGGCAAGUUUGAUGGGGUUUGGGACAGAGGAGCUCUAGUGGCUGUGAAUCCAUGUGACAGACAACGCUACGUCACCUUGAUGAGCUCCCUAAUGGAGAAAAACUCUUCUUAUCUCCUCAUUACAGUUUCAUAUGAUCCAACCAAAUACAAUGGACCACCGUUUUAUGUUCCUGAAUCUGAAGUUAAAAGCUUGUUUGGCAGCCAGUGUGAAAUUAAGUGUCUUCAGAAAAUCAGUGACUUCUCAGACAGACACAAGCAGUGGGGACUAGAUUAUUUUCUGGAAGUAAUGUAUCUAAUAAAGUUUGUAGCUUGAUUAAAAUCAAUUUAAAUAACAUA